GAUGACAGCGUACGGAAAUUUGGACUUGCUGAUAUCCCUCUGACCUUUGAGCCUCAGGUAACUGGGCCGGCGCUGGAGUUUGAGGCCCGCCAACUUCCCGACAACAACGGCUGCUACAUGGCGCAGAGAUGGAGGCCGGGAGGCGUGGCUCUGCCCAAGCCGCUCAAGGCAGGGCAGGAAUCUGUGCCACAGCUGGUUCACUUGAAGAAGAUGCGCCAUGCAAUUAUCACUGCCGAAGCGAGCUCUCAUUCCAUGUUCGACUGGGCUACUGUGCUGUUCAUGCGACAGGCCGGUGUGACGGUGGACCACAUCGAUCUGGCCAAGUUUGGUAUUCGGGGCAACGGGCAUCUAAUGUUCCUUGAGACCAACAGUGAUGAUAUUGCUGGGAUUGUGGCUAACUGGAUCGAG